AGAGAAUGUUUAAGACUAGUCGAAAAAGCUUCCAUGGCAUCAAUCAUGGCAGGAAAGAAAGCGAAUGAUACCUUCGUCUUCUCUAGAUAUAUGAGGAAUGGCCGGCACACGCGGAAUCGACAGAACAGCAGAGAUACUCUUCCAAACUUAUGCUUUUGUCAAUUUCUCCUUUCGGCAAAUUUUGAGCAAUGGCUUGCGGCAACGCUGAAAGUGGCUGGGGGAGUCCAAGGUUUUCCUUUUCUGUAAAUCUAUCAUCGACGGACAUAGCGUCGCCGGAGAAGCGAAAACUAAAAGAUCUUUUAGACCUGAAUUACAGCACAGAGUUUGAGUUUUUGGUCGCUAGUAAUAUGAAUGUGAAUGCAGACCUCGGAGAACCUCUCAAAUCUGCUGAUGAUUUGUUCGCGGACGGAAAAAUUCUGCCUCAAUUUCCUUCUCUCCAGCCGCAAACUAUAAAGAUUGCUCAAUUUUCGUCGCAUCCUCGUCCAAACCAGAAAAAAUCUGCUUCGAAGUUAGGACGUAAAUUGUCCGCCAGGUGGAUGAGAUUCCUUAGACUGGAAAAUCACGAGCAUUUCCGCACAAUUUCGAAGGAAGCAGAUGCAAAUGAGAAUGAAAGCAGCUGUCCGAAAGUGAAACCCCAGCGGUUUCGAAAAUUCGUGUCCUUAUUUUCAAGGAGCAGCGACCAUUGGCCGUGUUGCAAAGAUUUAUUUUGCGUUUUUCCUUUUCAGAGAGACAAAUCUGAAGCACAAAACAAGUCCGUUGAGUCUCAAAUUGCCUCCAAAGAAACUCAGACUUUGGUCUCUGGUUCGAAACCCGCGGCAGCAGCUGGUUUAAAGAAUGGUGGUCUGAUGGAAGUCGAGGAUUCUCCCCAAAGCAAUCGGUAAUGAGAAGCAGCCCCGAAAGGUUUGUGUUUGCAAAUUUAAAAUUUUGAGUUUGCAAAUUUGGAAUUGUGAGUUUCUAUCUCUCAGAAAUUAAUGGAGAAGUUACUGAAGAGCUGUUAUAUGAAGUUUGAGGUGUGCAUCAAUGGAGGUUGGUUGAGUGUAAUUAAUAUUUGUUACCACAGGAGGAAAAGCUUAGUAGUUAGUAUGUUAUAGUCAACGUGCCAAUUCUUUAUCUAGGGUUGGGCUUUCAUGUAAAUAAUUUGCAUUUUCACUAUAAAAUGUAAACAACUUGUACUAAGGAGUCAUAAGAAGGGUGUGUCAAUCAUU